UUAUUAACAAACGCAAACACGAACGUAUUACCUUAAAAAUAUAUGUUUUUUCUUUGGCUGAUUAAUUUUUGAAGAUGUCCAAGUCUUCGCGGAGUUCCAAGUUGCCUCCAGUUGGCUUCUCGUCCGUAUCCUCCAUUUCCGGAAGUGAAUCGGGUCGAAGUUUGGAGGGAAUGUUGCACGUGACGCGGGUGCAAACAUCAGAGGGGGAUUCGCAGUCAUCAUCACACUACUUCCAGAAGGAUACGCCCAAGGAGUCCAAGACCGAUCUACCCAAGAAGUUAAGUACUCCCGAUCUCGAAGAGAUGGUACCAACAAGUCCACCAUUUCUGGCUUUGAUCAGCAAUUUGCCAAUGGAGUGCACAGAAACCGAGCUAAACAAGGUUUUCACCAACUUUUCGAUUCGUUCUUUAACUAUUCCGAAAAAGGGAAAACGACCCAAGGGAUUUGCCUAUGUGGAAAUGUAUUCCCGGGAGGAGCUGAUUCGGCUGCUACAAAUGGAAAAGCCCAAGUGCCGUGGUCGCUGUCUCAUGAUAAAAUUAAGUCCGGAUACUGCAAUCGUAAAGAAACAUUCUCCUCAAAAUGGAGGAGGUGAUGCUUAUUUUACUCCACUUUCAAGCAGCGAAAUCGAUUUGACUUCGGAACAUUAUUCAGCCAGUGUCAGUGAUCUCAGUAAUAUUGAUUCGCGAAAUAGUCCAAAUAAUUCACCACGUUGGCCGGGCAGCGAAUCGUCCUUUUUCGGCAGGGACACUCCCAUUAGUCGGAAACCAAGUAGCACGGAGGAACUGGAACGCCGAAUGGAACUCCGUCUCCAAAAACUGGCCGAAUUCGAGAAUGCUCAAUCGGAAAGAGUACAGAGAGGGAACAUAGAUGAUCAGGAUUCGUUCAGCAUGUCCUGGAGCGAUGUCCUCAGCGAUGCCAGAAACAGCGAGGGAAUAUAGUUUGUUUUCCAAGAUUUAUGUUCUCUCUUUUAAAUAGGGAUUUUAGUCCCUUUCAACUUGUUUCCCAAAUAAGAACGCAAUCCAAAAAGAAGCAGAGUAUAUAAAAUAUUUAUUAAAAAACCAUCACUUCCGCAAUAAAUAAAAUUCAAAUUACCCUGC